AUGGCGGAGGAAGAGCCGGAGGUAGAGACAGGCAAAAGCAGGGACCUGGUUUGGCCCUUGCUCAGACCUGGCAUCAUGGGCAUUCCACGGUUUUAUCGCUGGCUGUCAGAGCGCUACCCGCUCAUCAAUGAGAAAAUCACUGCGGAGCAAAUUCCUGAUUUCGAUAAUCUUUAUUUGGACAUGAACGGAAUCAUCCACAAUUGCUCCCACAACAACACCGGAGGCCUGUGUGUGAAGGAGGAGAGUGACGUGUUUGUUGAAGCCUUCAGCUACAUUUGCCGGUUGGUGAACAUCAUUCGCCCCAAGAAGAUGCUGUACGUGGCGAUUGAUGGCUGUGCUCCCAGAGCGAAGAUGAACCAACAACGUUCUCGGCGCUUUCGUGCUGCCAAUGAUGCGCGCGAAGCCAGGGAGCUUGCACAAGAGAUGGGAGAGGUGGUUUCCGGCCCACACUUUGACUCCAACUGCAUUACUCCAGGCACCGAAUUUAUGGCCAAGCUCACUGAGCAUUUGCGAUUUUUUAUCUGCAAAAAGAUCCAGGAAGAUCCAGCCUGGCAGCGCUUUACAGUGGUCCUUUCUGGUCCAGAGACACCUGGUGAGGGGGAACACAAGAUUAUGGAUUACAUCCGCAAAGCCAAGGCACAGCCAGAUCAUGAUCCAAAUACCAGGCAUUGCCUAUACGGACUGGAUGCUGACUUGAUCAUGCUGUCCCUGGCAUCCCAUGAGCCUCACUUUGCCCUGCUCAGAGAGGAGGUCUUAUUUGGUCGGCGUGAGACCAAAACAACUGAGCAGCGUAUUUUGAUCGCAAAAGAUCGAUUUCAGCUCCUGCACAUUUCGCUUCUGAGAGAGUAUUUGGACAUCGAGUUCAAACCUCAUGAUGUGAAGUUCGAGUACAACCUGGAGCGGAUUAUUGAUGACUUCAUCCUCUUUUGUGUUUUGGUUGGGAACGACUUCUUGCCGUGUUUGCCAUUUGCAGAGAUCGGAGAGAAUGGCUUAGAUGACCUCUUCCGCGUUUACAAGGACCAUUUGGCAUCAGCAUCCAACAGCCCAUGGCUCACAAAAAACUGCGGAGAGGUUGACUUCAAACAGUUUGCAAAGUUCAUCAAGAAAUACGGAGAGUUGGAAGAUGGCCAUUUACAAGCAGCUUGCGAUGAGCAAAACUUCGUUCUUGGCAAGCAGCGUUUGGUGGGUCCGGCUGAUGCACCAACACCUUCAGAGUACACUCCAGAUUUGCCCAUUGAGCCACCAGCAACUUCAGAGUUGGCCCGUGACCAGUGGUAUGACAUCAAGUUUGGGAUGGACUUGACAAAGUAUGAAGGGACGCAGAAGCAGCGAGGCCUCUUUCAGUCAUAUCUGGAAGGCCUGCAUUGGGUGAUGCGCUACUACUUCCGUGGACCGGAUCACGCCUCUUGGAGUUGGUACUAUCCAUUCUACCAUGCGCCGAUGGCUGUGGACCUGGCGAACUAUGACCAGUUGGGACAUCCAGAGAUCUCCUUGGAGAUUGGUCAAGUCUUUAAGCCCUUCCAACAGCUCAUGGCAGUGCUCCCCGACAGCUCUAAGACGUUGCUGCCGGAGUGUUAUCAAUGGCUUUUCGGUUCCAACUCACCUGUGGCCAACUUCUAUCCGCGCAAGUUUGUAGUGGACAUGGAUGGGGUUAAAACGCCGUGGGGUGGUAUGACUUUGAUCCCUUUCAUUGAUCCUACAGGCUUGUUAUCUGCGAUGGAGCAGGCCUAUGGGGGAGGUCCUGCUCUUAGCCCCGCAGAGAUCAAGCGGGAUGAGUUUCGUGGCGCUCGCUCUUUUCAGUAUGACAUGAAAGCGGGAGUCUUAGUGCAGAGCACUGUUCCUCGCAAGUACAGAGACAUCCAGAAAUGCCCAGUGAGGAUCAAUGAGUUCAAACAUCCAGAUCUACCAGCUCACUCUGAGCAUUUUCCGAACUACCUCCUUCCUGGCCUCAGAACCAAGGAGAUGGGCUUUCCAACCUUGCACUUGCAUCCCCUGACCACCAGCUUCCAGGUUGGGGUCAAGGUCUUCCAGUUCGAGGCCAGAGGUCUAUCGCUCUAUCUACACGCGCGGCCCACAGGGGCAUUCGAACCCGACAAUGAGGCGAUUCAGCAUGCGCUGUAUUCAUCGUCGGCGACGAUCGACUAUCCCUGUAUUCAUCGAGGAAAAGUCGUCGCCGUGCAUACGCCUUUUGCGAAAUAUCUGGAACACGAACGGGUCGUAGACAACACCCCAUACAAGCACGAGAAGCGAGUUUGGGAACUUCUUCAGGAGCAGAAACGGCGUGGACUCUCGGUGGAGUUUGACAGCAGUGCCAUAGAUGUUGAUGAAAGCUCUGCUGGCCGAAUGUGGCGAGGGAAAACAGGUGAUUUGUCCGAGAACGAAUUGUGCCAGCAACCGUUGGUGGAGGUCAAAUAUUUGCAGUCUGUUCAGAUAGACAGCCAAGGCCGCACUCAAGUGACCUACCAGGCUGGCAGCGAACUACGACUGUGGCAUUUGGUACAGACGGAGCAGGCCCUCCCAAGUUGUUUGCCGAUGAAAGUGGCAGACAGAUUUGCGGUUGGAACUGCAGUGCUUUGCAUCGACCACGACUCCGAGGUGUAUGGUGAAGUUGGGAGAGUAGAAAAGAGCUCCAACAACCCAGAAGAGAUUGAGGCUGUGUUCCAGCAGCAGCUGAAUCCUGAAGAGCAGCGGAAUCUCCAGAAGAGCAUUUCACAGGUUAUUGAAGCAGAGCAAAAGUCAUUGAAGUGGUACCCAAUGGCCGACUUCGUCAAAUUGGUUGGCUUGGAGGCCAAAGUCACGCGUCAGAUCAUUGGAACUCUUAUGGCACGAUGUGCAGGUUACGUCCGGGAGGACCUGGGGAUGAAUCUGAUGGUUGAGGCUAGAGGUGACAAAGGCGCUUUGUGCCUUCCGUGCUACUCGAUCAAGCACGCACAGGGGUGGUUUUUCUCGGACUUAGCCGUGUCAGCCCUGAAAGACUACCAGGAAAAAUUUCCAGGAGUCUUUGAGGCAUUGCGGGCACGUCAAGAUGAGAAGAAGGACUUGGAACAAAGGAACAUUUUUCCGACCAGCCCGAACAAAGACUACGCGUCAAGGCAGCUGUUGAAGUACUGCAACGGGUGUGAGUGGAAGAAGCUGCGCUUGGCCCCGGCCGAAUACAUGGCAAUGACCGUGGACAGCGUGAGCAAGGUGGCUGAGAUGGUCGAAAAGAUCUCGGGUCUGCAGCAGGCCAUCACGGUCACUGGUAGCUCCUCAUUCUUCCAGGCUGAGGAUCCAUCGAUGAAGCCACCGCCAGACCCGCGCAAGGAGGACUUGGCUAUUGGCCAGAGAGGAUUCUAUAUCAAAGUGGAAGGAGCAGUACCCUGUGGCAAGCAGGGCACUAUCAUCGGGGUCUAUGGAAGCGAUUCCCAGCAGCAGCUGGAGGUGUUGCUGGACGAGGAAUGCUUUGGCGCUACCGAUCUGCAGGGCCGGUGCCCACCGCUUCGGGGGAUACAGGUGCCACCUUCUCAGUUUCGGGCAUUCGCUUGCAAAGUGGCAGUCUCAGCCAAGAACGAGGCGGUGGAAAGGAUAGCGGAGAAGAUGGAGAAGGGGAGAGAGAACGGAGGUUCACCUCGCCAAACACAAACUGCUUUGAGCCGCCAGGCCCCGAAGUCAGAUGAAGACGCAAAGGCUUCACAGGCAUUGAGGAGGCUGCUUCAGGAUGGUUCAUCGAAAGCAUCAGUGGUCGCACAAGGGGCCGCUUCCAAGGCAAGCAAGGAGACCCAAGCAAGGGACAGCCGUGCUCCCGACUCCAACAUAUCGUACAACAAGGCCGAGAGCAAAAACAAGCAGACAAAGGUGAUUGGUGAUGUUUCGGCGGCCUUUGCCGCGCUGACGUCGUCCCAAAGUGUGCGACCACCCGUCCAGGUGCAUGCCGAAGGACUUGAAGCGACUGUUGGAAGUGGCAGCCGGGCAGAACCGACUUCAACGGCGCAUCGGAGAGGUGGAAAAAAGAAAGACUUGGCACAAGUCUGGCGUGGUGCAUUUGCAGAUCUUUUGGCAUGUGGCAAGAAGGUGGGUGGCUCAAAGUUCCCGCUGUUCAGAUCUUUGCCAUUUGUGGUCGGCUGUGCCAUUUCUUCGCAUGACAUGACAGGGCUGACAUCAAGUGGUGCGCACUUGUUGGGUCGUUGGUCGGCCAAUUUUGACUGGGUCGACAUGUGCCGCGAAGGCAGCCCAGUGAAAACACGUGGGGCUCUCACUGAGUCAAUCCUGGACCUUUCAAAUUUGGGGAGGACUGUGGAUGGCUCAGGGUUCGCAUUUCUUGGUGCCUCUUGCAUUGGCAAGCGAUUGGGUCCUAUCAAGAUCAUGGAGGGGUACACUUACCUCCAGACCCUUGACUUUUCGGAUAACUUGAUCAAGGAUGUCGCAGCCUUGAAGGGUCUCAACCUUCUGGUGAAACUCAACUUGGCAAAGAAUUCCAUCGCAAACCUGAAGGGCUGGGAAUCUGAGGAGGCGAUCUUCCCGAAUCUAGUGGAGCUGAAUCUGAAUGACAACCAGCUGAGUGCCUUACAUGCUAUGCCAUAUCAGGCGCUUGCGUCGUUGAGCGUGGCUCGGAAUGAGAUCGCCAGCUGCGAGUUUGGAGGUCAUGAGAGGAUCCAGAACUUGGAUCUCUCAUCGAACAAACUGCCUUCGCUCACGGGUCUUGGAGCAUUGCCGUCCUUGAGAACGCUGAAUGCCUCGAACAACGAUAUUGCAGAUUUAAAUGGGAUCAAUGAAGCACCAUCGCUGGAGGAGCUGCAACUGGCCCAUAACAAGCUACAGGCCCUCGAGGGCCCAUGGACGGAGUUGCAAACGUUGAGAAGCCUCGACUUGAGCAACUGCCUUCUAGAGGCUGAGAAACCUUUGGAGGUGAAUGGCAAUCCCUUCACCGAAGCCGGCAACACUAUGGCCCGAGUAUUGAUCUGUCACUGGCGACUGGAGUCGGUGGAUGAUGUAUGCAUCACCCAGGAGCAUUUGGAAGAAGCCAAGGCUCUCAAUCAGCAACGUGUCUUGGAGGAACGAGAACGCCUCAAAGAGGAGGCUGCCAAGGCAGAUGAGUAG